GAUGGAGCCACCACACGGCUGGAUGCCGGAGCCGAGCUGACCUUUCCACGUGUCCUCAGCACCUGCGAGGCUGGUAGGGCAUUGGGUUUCUCUUUCGCCGCAGCAGGCGUGAGCCCGGAAGAGGCUGGGCGGCCGUAGGUUUAGGUCAGGGGGCUCGGAGGCCCUCCCCCGGACCACGUGCGGACGUGGAGCUGGUGGUGCGGACGCUGGCCUGGCUUUCCCGCACCGGCGGUGCUCCCGCGAUACCAGCCCGCCCGCCAACGCCAGGCGACCGGACGCGACCGCGGGCGGGUCCGGGAGCUUUCCGCAAGCUUUGCAGGGCGGCCUAGCGAGCGCGCCAGACUAGGCUGGAGCGAGCCCCAGUGCAAUACUGCCCGAGCCCGGGCGGGGUCUCUGUUCUCUGGCAGAGGAGUUCCCUUGGCAGCGGGAAGCUCUCUCUCUUUCUCUCGUCGCCGCUCCGAGUCUGCGCCCUGGUGCCAGGCGCUUAGCUCGGCGCUCCCCUGUGCUUGCCCGGCGCCCACUCAUUCGCAGCCCAGCCUUCGCCGCCGCCGCUGCCGCCUCCCUGCUCCUCCUCCUCCUCCUUUUCCCAACCCGCCGCGGCCAUGGCGGACAGCGCCAGCGAAAGCGACACGGACGGGGCGGGGGGCAGCAGCAGCAGCUCGGCCGCCAUGCAGUCGUCCUGCUCGUCGACCUCGGGCGGCGGCGGCAGUGGCGGCGGGGGAGGCGGCGGCGGUGGGAAGUCCGGGGGUAUUGUCAUCUCGCCGUUCCGCCUGGAGGAGCUCACCAACCGCCUGGCCUCUCUGCAGCAGGAGAACAAGGUGCUGAAGAUCGAGCUGGAGACCUACAAACUCAAGUGCAAGGCGCUGCAGGAGGAGAACCGCGACCUGCGCAAAGCCAGCGUGACCAUCCAAGCCAGGGCUGAGCAGGAAGAAGAAUUCAUCAGUAACACUUUAUUCAAGAAGAUUCAGGCUUUGCAGAAGGAGAAAGAAACCCUUGCUGUAAAUUACGAGAAGGAAGAAGAAUUCCUCACUAAUGAGCUCUCCAGAAAAUUGAUGCAGUUGCAGCAUGAGAAAGCUGAACUAGAACAGCAUCUAGAACAGGAGCAGGAAUUUCAGGUGAACAAACUGAUGAAGAAAAUUAAAAAACUGGAGAACGAUACCAUCUCUAAGCAGCUUACGUUAGAGCAGUUGAGACGAGAGAAGAUCGACCUUGAAAAUACAUUGGAACAAGAACAAGAAGCACUUGUUAAUCGUCUUUGGAAAAGGAUGGAUAAACUUGAAGCUGAAAAGCGAAUCCUGCAGGAGAAAUUAGACCAGCCCGUCUCGGCCCCACCAUCACCUAGAGAUAUCUCUAUGGAGAUUGACUCUCCAGAAAACAUGAUGCGCCACAUCAGGUUUUUAAAGAAUGAAGUGGAGAGGCUGAAGAAGCAACUGAGAGCUGCUCAGUUACAGCAUUCGGAGAAAAUGGCACAGUAUCUGGAGGAGGAACGUCACAUGAGGGAAGAGAACCUGAGGCUGCAGAGGAAGCUGCAGAGGGAGAUGGAGAGAAGAGAAGCCCUCUGUCGACAGCUGUCUGAGAGUGAAUCCAGCUUAGAAAUGGAUGAUGAAAGGUAUUUUAACGAGAUGUCUGCACAAGGUUUGCGACCUCGUACUGUGUCCAGCCCAAUCCCUUAUACACCUUCUCCGAGUUCAAGCAGGCCUAUCUCACCUGGUCUGUCAUAUGCAAGUCACACAGUUGGUUUCACACCACCAGCUUCACUGACUAGAGCCGGAAUGUCUUACUACAAUUCCCCGGGUCUUCACGUGCAGCAUAUGGGAGGCAUCACGAGGCCUUCGCCACGGAGAAGCAACAGUCCUGACAAAUUCAAACGGCCCACUCCGCCUCCAUCUCCCAACACACAGACCCCCGUCCAGCCACCUCCUCCUCCACCUCCGCCACCCGUGCAGCCCGCCGUCCCCUCGGCAGCCACCUUGCCGCCCGCCCCUGUGCAGCAUUCGAUGCACCCCUCCUCCCAGCCUUAAAGCAUGUGCUUAGUCUAAAUUUCAGUUGGGACUCGUAAAAUGGAGCCGUCUACUCAACGCCAAAGGCUUCCUUCCCUGGCAUAUUUGGAUUUGACUUACUUGCACUGAGGUUAUCUAGGCUUCUAUUUCUUGUGUUGUAAAUGUUUGUCGGAAACGCAGCCAGUGUUGUGGGUCUACAACACUAACCAGACGACUUUUUCCAUCAGUGUUUUACUUGAAUCUACAUGUGCGUCCAUUCCCUGGCUGGAACAUUUGCUAUUUGGUAAUUCAGUAGCAGU